AUGAGUUAUGAAACAAAGAUAAUUAUGAAUUAUUCAUAUAAUACAUGUGAUAUUAUAGGCAAAGGCUUUAGUUCUAUUGUUUAUAAAGGAAUAAAUAUAAAUACAAAAGAUAAUGUAGCAAUUAAGGUAGCCAAAAUUUUUUAAUUUAAAUAGGUAAUCAAUAGAAAGUUUUCAGAAUAACUUCCAGCCAUAUAAAAUGAAAUACAUAUUCUUCAAAGUCUACAAGGACAUCACAUUCUUAAAUUUUAUGAUCAUUUUGCUUCAAAAAAUAACAUUUAUAUUAUCACUGAGUACUGUAAAUAAGGAGAUUUAGCAUAAAAACUAAAAUAGUAUGGAUAUUUCAAAUAAGAAUAAGCUAUUGUUAUGAUUAAAUAAAUAAUAGAUGGUAUUUAUGUGAUGGCUUAAUAAAGUAUUGAAACAUUAUCAUAUGAGAUAUAAUACAUAGAGACUUGAAACCUUAGAACAUUUUACUGAAUGAAUCAGAAGUGAAAAUUGCAGACUUUGGUUUUGCUAAACCACUAAAUAAAUUGAAAAAUGAAAUGAAUGUAGGCACUCCUAUUUAUAUGAGUCCUGAAACUUUGAUUAAAUCACAAUAUAAUAGCAAAACUGAUAUCUGGAGUCUUGGAGUUGUAUUUUAUGAAUUGUUAUAUGGAAAACAUCCAUGGAUAGCUCAAACAGAAUAAGAAUUGAUAUACAAGAUACUCAAUAAAAAAGUAAGUUUUCCUGAUUUUCCAGUUGUAUCUGAUAGUGUAAAAGACUUAAUCAAAUAGUGUCUAAUAAUAGAUCCUUAUAUGAGAUUAAGUUUGAAUGAUCUUAUAAAACAUCCUGUUAUAAAAAGAAAUACUAAAUAAUUAGUAAAGCCAAAUGAGACAGAAAGUACUGAUCAAACUAUUAAAUCAGAAAUUCCUAAUGUUUCUGAUCCAUGGACUUAUAAGAAUAGUGAUAAAAAAUUAGUUUAGAUAAACUACAAAAAUCCAUAAAUAAAUACAAUUAUUUCAAAAUAUUUAAAUACAAAUUCUUCAAAUAAAAAAGAAUUCAAAUAAAUUAAAGAUAAUUAAUCAAGUUUUGAUGAAAUCACAUCUAUUUUAUAAAGUCAAUUUAAUUUAUGUCUCUUUCUUAAUAUAAUAAUAUCAAAAUUAAGAGAACAUAAAUUAGAAACUCCAUUAUUAAAUGAGAAAUGCAGAAUUAUUUUUUCAAAACACUUAUAAAAUAUUAAAGACAAUAUUUAUAAAUAAUUAAUUGAAGGUGAAAAUAAAUUUAAAUUUAAAGAAUGGUAACUCUAUUAAAAGGAAAAUAUUUACAAUAAAUUCAGUGCAAAAUUUAUUCUUGAAAAUGCAUAAUUUAAUAAAACAAUUAAAGAAUAUAAUGAAAUGGUAAAAUCUAAUAAAUCAUUAAUUAUUGAAUAUUAAAAAUAUGAUUCUGAAUUUUAUUAGAUAUUGUUUGGAUUAGAAUGGAAAAUAAUCAGAAAGAUUAUUAAAAAUUUGAUUUUAGAAUUUAAUCAUAUGAUAAUUCAAAAUAUUGAUUUCUUUAAUCAAAAUUAUCAAAUUACAAAAAACUAGUCAACAGAAAUCAUUUUAUUAUAAUAAUUAUGUUUUUAUCUUGAUAUGAUUGAUAAAUUCUUUAUUAAAAAUUUUGAUUAAUAAAAAUUUGCAUAAGAAUCUAAAAUAUAAUCAUAUUUAAAAGCAAAAGAAAUAAAGAUGUCUGAUUAUUUAGAAUUAAGAUAACAAAUAAAAUUUUUAAUGAGAAAUUGA